AUGCAACACAGAGUCAGCAAACCAAACAAGCGCAAGCGUACAAUCGUCAAAGUGCCAAAGGCUUUGUUCUCGGAGAGCACGCGCCAGAUCAAGAAUGCUGUCACAGAUGCGCUUUCUCUGACUUCAUUUUUCGCUACCAGCAACAUCGAUGCCACACUUACAACCAACAUGAGGGAAUCUCUGACUGUGUGCAAGCACGCACUAGAGAGCCUCCAAGCCGGAUCUGAAAGCAUGAUCGAAACUGAUGCCGAUGCCAUCGUCAAGAAGCUCAUCAGCAAAGUCAUCAUUCGCAAAACCGACACUCUGAGCGAAGACGAUGCCAUCCAAGAGCUCCUCGGCUUCGGAGAUGCGGGCAGCGACCUCGAAGAGACCAUUACCAACAUCGUGCUGCAGAAUGUCGACACCAUCUUCACCAAAGCUAUUAGAGGUAUCUUGGAGGAGAAGAUCAAGGAGAAAGUCGAUCUUGCAGUGUUGGAAAUGGUUGAGAACGUCCACAAGGAGAAUAUCGAGACAGUCAGAGCUCAGUUGCAGCAGGGAGAUGAGGAAGACGAGGAUGAAGAUGAUUGA